GGGGAAAAUUUAUUUCGGAUUUGCUUAAAUUCAUCGUAUGUCUGUUGCAAAGCCUAUGAUCCGGCAACCCCUGUCUUGGAGACCAAUCGAUUUUUCUCUAUCCAUUCACAACGCAGGCUUAUAUUGAAUUGAAAUAUCUUAAUCAUUUGACUUCAGGCUUUCUGUUUUGCGGUUGCUAAUAAUUGCGAUCUGAUGUUUUGUUUGGAUUUUGGCUUUGUAUUCUUGACUUAUCCUCUGAAUCGAACUGACAAAUAAUGCGUGUAACACGAUAUUUGUGGAUUAACAAUUUACCUGAUCGCGUUACUGAACAAGAUAUUCGUGAUGUUUUACAAAGUCAUGGCAAAAUCCAAAGUGUUCGAAUUCAUGAGCACGAAGGAAAUAAUGGUGCUGUUGUUGCAUUCGUUGACACUAAGUCUGCAACUCGAGCAGUGGAAAGCACAAUACGAUUAAGAAAGGUUAAUCUAUCUCUUCAGUAUUGUGAAUCAUCUGGUAUACCUGGAACUAACAGUUCUGAUCAACUUGCUACACCAUUGGAUUAUACUCAAACUAGCAACACUAGCCUUUUGCAGUCGGAUGUAAAUUAUUCACGACAUAAAAGUCGAUCUGUGAGUACAGUCAGUGAUUCUAGUUCUGUAUUUCAUGAUCCAGAAAACAACGAACAAACUGACACUUGUUUAUCACACACAACGAAACGGAAUUAUCCUAAAGAUUUCAAAACCACUAACAUGAAUGCCAGUCCUCGCUUUCAAAAUGAACAUCGUGGAUUAAAGAUUAGUCAUCUUCCUCUUCGUUCUUCAGACACUAAUUUGCGCGAAGGGUUAUUUCAUGAAUACAAAAAGCAUGGGAAAAUUACUUCGGUGUUUGUACGCGGACAAGAUGAAGAGCGUAUCUGCAUCAUCACAUUCAAAAAAAGUGAGGAUGCCGAGAAGGCGCUCGCAUCAUCUAAGGGUAAGGUGUUUUUUGGUACGCCAAUAUCAGUUCAACCACACGAAGGGUUAAGUUCUGAAGACCCUGACUUAUGUCCUCCUGAACAUGCUUUGAAUGAAUACCACCCUAAGGCGACAAAAACUUUAUUCGUUGGGAAUCUUUGUUCGGGUACAAUUACUCAAGAUGAACUUCGUCGCACUUUCCGUGGUUAUGGUGAAAUAAUUGAAAUAGAUAUCAAGAUUCAAGCGAAUCAGCCAGGAACGUCCUAUGCAUUCAUUCAAUAUGGGGAUAUAAAAAGUGUAGUGCGGGCUUUAAAAGAACAAGAAACUGUUCGCGUCAACGGGAAACCUGUCAAAUUGGGUUUUGGUAAAAGCCAGCCAACGAAUGUCGUGUGGCUAGAUAACCUGUCGCCUACUAUUAACGAGGCUUUCUUAACAAGGCAGUUUGGCCGAUAUGGUCAGCUGACCCAUGUUGUUUUGGAUAGGAAAUCAAUGCGAGCUCUUUUAUAUUUUGAUAAUGUUGAGGUUGCACAGCAUGCAGUAAACGAAACUCGUAAUCGUGCUCUUGUUGGUCGUAAGGUUCAAAUUGAUUAUGCUGGAUACGAGUGUCAAGUUGCUUUCAUGAAAAAGCUGUCUAAGCAUGAUAGUUUUGGACAGGUUUACGAAAACUAUAAGGAACGGUUGCAAGAAGUGUUGUCACUCCUGCCUUACGGAAGUGUUAUCCCUUAUCUCGGGGAUCGACAAAGGUAUUUUGGUGACAACCAACGGGAUCAUUUCGCAAGUGGGAAUACAAAAUUUUCCUAUCGCAGGUCAAAUUGUCUCCGUAGUAGUCCAGUAGAUCAUUCUAUGAAGUAUGAACAGUCUUCUAAUAGAACUAGGUGCGGAUCAUCGGUCUCUCCACACGAGCGGUCGCAUCAAUCAUCUGAUCGCAGACGAACUUUCAUUACUAGUUCUCCCGAUGACUCAAAGAUAUCUGGUAACUUGAUUUGUUCACAUAGUAAUCGGAACUCACACCAUGGGAAAUCCGAUACAAAAAAUGUGCAGAGCGAGGAUAGGUCAAGUCUUCUAUCUCACAGAAGACAUCAGCAUAAUCAAAUUCCUAUCAAAUUAAAGUCAUCUCGUUACUUAUCUCAUACUGAAGGAAAAUCUAAUCUUAAUUCUCUUACACACGUAGAUCAGUCAAACUUACGUAGCAGGGGGCAGCUUCUUGAAGAAACAGAUGAUAUCAGUAGCGGUUCAUUUUCCUCAGACUUUACAAAUGAUGAUAGCUUUUUUGAAACUUCUUUAAAACAUAGCAACACCAGUUCAGAGUGCUCAGCACCAAUGUCUAAAUUACCGUCACAUCUGAUUCGUGACCAUGUUUUGAACAUCGAUAAACGAAAAAAUGUAGAUACUGAUUUUCCUCAAAAAUGUUCCCGCUCAAAUCAUUAUGAGAUAGAAUCCCUUGAUGAAUCUUCCUACUCAUCAAGUAAGAAAUAUACUCAGAAGGCAAGAGAAAGUGUAAGUCCUCAUUCUCGAGUUGCCUCAACGCGAUUGUCCGUUGGUAGGUCUCGGACAUCAUCUCAACACCGCUCUCAUUGGGCUAUUGAUAGGAAUUCGAAUCUCAGGCAGAGUAGUCAGGAAUGUCUUGAAGAAAAUACUGACCAAAAGCACAGUAAUGCUAGUUUCUUUUCACGAGCCCGAACGUUACUGAAACUCCCAGAUGCUGAUUCUUCGAGUCCAAAUUACUCAACAAAGUCUAAGCGGAUUAUGCUUUCGAAAGUUGCGUCGACAUACAAGGAUGUUGAAUAUUCUGGACGAGCAAACACUUCUACUGUAAGUCCCAUAUCACCCGAUGAUGCACCAUAUAAUGAAUCAGAGGGAGCUUAUGGACGUAUUACUAACAGCGCCUGUUCUGAUAUUCCGAUUGGAGUUAAGUCUCAUGAUACUCUUACAAAACUUGAAAUGGAAAGAGCGAAAUUACUGAGAGAACUUUCUCUAUUAAAUAAUGAAGUAAUUGGUGGAAGCAGAGGAAAAACAGGCAGCGUUACAAUAAAUAUGGGUAAUUCCAAUAGAAAGCGCGCCCCGUCCUCCUUGUUUGUUAAUGAUAUUCCUUCACCAAAGUUAAAGUGCGUCGAAAAUAGCAGUAAAUGCGAGUUAGUAUCCAUUCAAAGUCCUACGCUCACGAGUGAUAAUUUGAUAAGUCCUGGAUUUCGGGAAUCUGUUUCCAGCUCUCAUUCUAUUAGACUAAUAACAGCUUCACACGAUUCUAAGUCUGAACUUUCUGGUUCUAAACAGGGUGUUGUUGAUAAGAAUGUUUUAGCUUUGGCGGUUGAUAACCAUCUGAAUACUAGUGAUGUUGCGUCAUCCAGUCGGCGAAACCAUUUAUCAAAAACUGCCCAAGGUCAUGAUUUUCAAAAUAUACAUAGUAAUUCUAGAUCCGAAACUGUGUUUCCUGCUAUCGUCACUGAUAGUUUAAAUAUGUUGGGCAGUCGGCAACCUGCUUUAAUAACGUCAUCUCCAAGGAUGGCCAUUGCACCCGAAUCCACAUCACCGAUGAUACACAUUUCACCUCCUAGUUCACCAAUGAUAAUGGGUAAAUCAUCGUAUGCUUCAACACUAGGCACUUCUCUUUCGUCUUCUGUUUUGACUGCUUCAACUUCCGGAUCUAUCAUAUCUUCUCUUGCAAACUCUUCUAGUAGAGAUCCGCGUUUGGCUUUUCAUCAUACUCAGCUCUCCAAUGAUGUUCCUCCACCUCCUCCAGAAACUUUCAAAUUACCUUUGUGGGUCGAUACCUCACCUCAUACAGAGAUCAUGAUUUCCAAUUCACUAACAAGUUCUGUCACGAGAACACAAUCUCCUCACUUCUCAAAAUCUCUUUGCGAUGUUGAAUCUGAUGUCUCUAUUCAGGACCCAAGCGGAUGUUCACUAGAUGAGCGUAUUCGACUAUUGGAUGUUCAACUUAUGAAGUCGGAAAAGGCUAGACCUACCGUAGAUUAUAGUAAAUUUCGCAUCAGACGUAAAGCAGAAUCCAACUCAACUCCUCAAUCCACCCAAAUUAAUAAUCCAACGCAGUGUACUACUGGUGUGUCUGUUACUUCUUGUACACCUCACUCACCUGUUUUGACUUCGACAUAUUCGAUUACCACUCGCUGCGAACUUGGAGUUAUAGACAUGAUUAAUUCUAGCCUACCUGUUUCUUGUACAUCUAAUAUUGGAUCGACUUCUCCCAUUCUCUCUAAUUCAACACUUUUAAAUCUGGUCAAACCAGCUGAUACCUCGGAGUUUGUCAAAAGUAUGCUCUCCUUCUCUAAGCCAUCUCCUUCGACACCUUGUGAUACAUCCAACAAUAUGUUCUCAAACGAAAUAGCAACUACUAAUCGACAUACAGUUUCAAUUCCAUUAUGUCAGAACUCGUUUCUCACACGUUUGCCUCGAUCAUGUGUUAGUAAUAGUUUAUCAGCAACCAGUUUUAUCCAAUCAUCUGUUUCUUCCUGCGGGAAACAAAAAAGUCCAAAUAACAAUCGUAUUCACUCUAAUGUUUGUAAUGUGGAGCAUAGUUCAUUGUCUGGGGCUCAACCUGUUGGUGUGGCCACUAGGAUGCCGUCAGUAAAGCCUUUUUGUGGGUCAGAUGUUUUAAAACCUGAAGAUAAUUUGGUAGGAAAAGGUGACACUAAAUUCAACACGUUAAAAGAAAGUGUCGAUUACGUUGAGAAGUGUGAACCUGUGAUUUUAUCCCAUUCACUCAAUAACACCUCAACAGAGUUUAACGCUAAUCUUUCGUCUUAUGUUAACGAUAAUCAAAAGUGUGUUGAUGUGUCCAAUAAAGUUGGUGUGCAUGGUGUUUCCCCUCUUUUGGGAUCAUCUAAUGAUUUUUAUAAAACCAGUCAAAAAACACCAACUUACCAAACCAUUACUUGCCAAAAGUCUUCACCACGAGACGAUUUUGUAAGUAGUAAUAAAUGUAAACCGACCUCCCUCUUGAAUAUACCACUUGCGAAUGUAAAGAAAGCACAAAAACAUGAUCCUGCGAAGCCUAUCUUGGAUGACUUUGUCUUUCAGAAUUCUUUGGUAGGUAGUAUACCUAAAAAUAACCAACUCAAAAAGCCGCACCCUGAUACACCUAGUUCAAUAUUACCUACAAAACGAAAACCAUCUACUACUUCUGAAUCGAAAGAAAUAAUACCAGCCUCUAAUGCAGACAAAACAGUAUCGGGGAACAUAUCACUGACUAAAAGUAAAACUCAGAAGAUUCCUUGCCAAAGUGUUUCUAAAAAACUAGGAUCAGCAUCUGAAAACAGUUUCAAAAAGCAUUCUGUUUUAAAUAACAAACUCCAAUUGACUACUGACGGUAACCAGUCUGUAUUCAGCUCUAACAAUCGUUCUUUGUUUUGUCCUGAGAAAAAACCCGUUUCACCUCAUUCUAAGAAAAGAAAAAGUGUCCGGGACUUCAAGAAGAAAGUUAUUGAUAGUGAGGAUUCUGAUUGGGAGCCGAAUACAAUUAAUAGUUCUCAACAUCAAUCGGGCGAAUUACUUGACCCAGAUUCCUCAUCAGAGUCUCGCUACGAAUCGAUGUAUGAUAAGAUUAAGCGCAGAACUAACCAAAGUACAGCAAAAUCCACUGACUCUCUUGUGAAGCCAGAUGUUUUACAGCGUUUAUUAAAAAACAAAAGUAAGGAACCUAAAAAACCGAAUUCGCACAAGUCUCUAGCUGAUUCCGAUACAGAUGAAUGUUUGAGCGAUGGUUCAUCAAUUCACUCUGGUGAUGCUUCUAAUCCAGUUACUAAACGCACAACAAAGACAAAUUCUUUAUCGAAUGAAAUAGGAUCAAAAUCUGUGAAGCACAAAGUCCCAACUACUAGUAGGGCUAAAUCACAAGCCAUCUCUUCUGUGUCACCUAAACGGAAGAAAAUUGUCACCGACUCCGAAGUGUCUUUAUUAAAGGAACCUUCACAUAAAGCUAGAGGUCGAAAAGCGAAGAAAUCUAACAUUUCCAACAAAGCACAGUCGCUGACUGCUCAGGUACGACGUAAUAAUAAGAGCAGUGAACAGCAAGGGCCUGUAACUACUUUGAAUUACCGAUCAAUUACUCGUCGCAAGAAACCUUGCGUAAAAGAAAAAAAUGUUUCCGCACAUGAGAACGAUGGUAAAGUUAUUUCGGGGCGCGUAAAUUUAACAGGUCGAUCGAAAACACAAAAGCAGAAAGCUAUCUCAGCUGUAAACAAGCAGCUUCUUUCUAUAAAGAAUACCCGUCGUAGCCUAGUUCGUCGUGUAUUUGCUUCUACAGACUCAUCUUCGCUUUCAUCUGUAAUAUCUGAAUCUUCUGAUGAUGACUUGUCUAAUAACCAGGUUUCUGAUUUGUCCGUGAAAGAGGAAGUAAGUGCGACGGAAAUUACCCAAGAGAACAAUUAUCAACCCAUCAAAUCCAAGUCUCCCACGCUUCAACUUAGUCGUUCUUGUAGUCCCGAAGAUCUGCGGGCAGAUGCAGCAAUACGUCAUACUUUCGGAGCUUUCACUGCACCAUUUAUUUGUUUUAAAACUGAUCCAUCGCAUACUUCAGCUAUCAGGCACAAUGCUCCUCAAAGUACAGAUGUAAAUGUAAAGUUUUCACCAAGUUCUGAGGAUUCAAAGCCGACACCGCCCACACUCCCAAUGACUGAUUCAAGUUUCAGUGGUGAUCAACAGUCUAAUGGUAUCUCUGCUGCUAAAUUACAAAAUCGUGAUCACAGUGAUUGGAACAUAUUUUCUUCGUUAGCCAAACAGUCAACUCCAAUAAAAGAUGAUAAUAUACACCAAAAUUUAUCUUCGGCUUCUGGGCUUGCCGCUGAAAGUAAUGAAAUUCCAGUAAAUUCUACUGUCGAAACUUCGUAUGAUACAGAAGAUGAGUUGCCAUCGUUAGAGAAGCAUGAUGAUGAUGAAGUAAGCAUUCCAUAUGAAUCAUCUAUUUUACUCCAUGAAAGUGAUAGUCUUAAUAAUCGUGCUGAAAGCUUGAAUGGAUAUAAUGAUGAUGAUUUACCUCCUCCAGUAGUCUCGGAUAUUGAUCACCAACUCAGCUAUUCAGAUAUGCCUGUAGUUGUGGGGACUGUCCCAGAUAUUAUAGAAGAAGUUAUUUACGAUGGUUUGGAAGUGGCUGUUCAAGAAGAAAGUCAUCCUGCAAUAAAUAAAUCUAUAAAAAAGAGUGACUCGUGUAAAAAUUCUCCCAAGUCGUUGUCUGGUUCUUCUAGUAUGAUAGAAUCAACCGUAAAAACAGGAUUAGAUCAAGCUUUAGUGGACAUAACUGACUCUCUUCAUAUUGAUCUAAGUAGUGUGACUAAUAAUUUUUCUCCAAACGUGUUAUCACCAAUUACUCUUCCUGUUAUCACUUCGUCGUCAAACAGCGUGUCUGUUCAACCAACUGUAUUUACACCCGUCUCUGCGCUACAUGUUACCUCACAACCUUAUGAAGUACAGACUAUGAAUCAAUCCAUGUUGGUAACCAUCUCUUCGGUGUCCUCUACUAAUUUAAGUCCAUCUAACAGUGCACCAUGUGCUGAUGAAGAAGCUUCCAUAUCACAACCUUGUUCAUCUGUACAAUCUAGUCUCAAUUCUAAACCUCAACAUCACAUUGCUGUCAUACUACCAACAACCACCGUAUCGUCUCCGGGAAGUUCAAUUGUAACUGUGUCUUCUCUCAUGCCAGAAUCUUCUACCAAUGUGACCACCAUUUCAUCUGUUAUUAAGUUGGAAAGUUCCUCAUUAUCAAUAACUUGUUCAUCCACAACUGCUUUAAAUGGUCAACAGUUACAAAACGUGACUUCUCAUCCACCAACUACUGGAAUUACUAACCCUAUUGCUGUUGCUGCUUCAUUAGAUAAUACUGCUCCUACAUCUCAUACUUGUUUAUCAUCAGUUUCUCAGUCCUGUAAUACAACCUUUGAUCCAUCUGAUUACACUUCGUAUGUCCAGCGUGUAAUUGAACGUGUAAAGCAAGAAAAAGAUGAAGAAAUAUUACAGCAAAGAGAGAAAAUGAGACGUCCUAAAAGAAAUACUUCUGUUUCAACGCCUUCUAUGGCAACAUCUACAACUACGAAUCACAUUAAUACUUCUGCUACUGUCACCUGUUCUGGAGUUUUAUCCCCAACACCUAUAAAUCUACCAAAUGUAGCUCCUAUUCCAACUGCUGAUGUACUUAAACCACCAGUUGUGGUUAACAUUGAUGAUAAAAAUGUGACAAUUCCUAUGUGCGUUGCAAAUAACUCAAUCGUUGUUCAAGACUCAUUCUCCCGUAUUGUUAAGAACGUAAACAGUCCGAAUCCUCAAUCCGCUAACAUUUCAGAACCACCGAUUACAUCUUCGCACUCUGAGCAACUCGCUGUAAGUGCCUCCACCGAACAAAAUCCUUACGUGCUUGGAUGUAAUAACUUGACUGAUGACAUUCAUUCACGAGAUCCAGUCGAUGAAACGAUCGAAGCUGUUGUAAAUGGAGAGUUUGACGAGAAAGAAUAUGUACUGAAGUUAUCGAAGGGCAACUUUACUCCUAAUGGCCAUUGUCAUACCUUAUCCGGUAGCAUUGGUUCUCCUUCCAGUCAUCCUGAUAUUUUCACAUUGGUACCCGAUGAUUCUGGAAUAAAAAGCGAUUAUCACCAAUCUGGUGUUUCAGAGGCUGUUUGUACGCGAUCUAAUAGCUCUGCUGUCAACAUCUGUGUUGACUCUUCGUCCACCUUGUCUGUUAGCAAGGAGAUUACUGAUUCUAUUAUUUCAAUGAAUCAUUCUUCAGCAGUUUUAACGCCUAUGCAUGUAUUGACGUUUGUUGCAGCUGGUGCCGCAACAUCGACGUCCCAACAUGUACCCACUUCCACCGCAAUAAGUCCCAACGUUUCGUCUCAAUCAUCAUCCAACCUACCGACUUCUACGCAUAAUUUACCAUCGAUUUCCAAUCCAUCUAGUUCUACUUUGGAUAAUAUUGGUAGUAUGACUCCGCUUGCAGCAUAUACACCUAUCCUGAAUUCUUCUAAUUCACUGCCUACCGAUUCAACUAAUACUCGAAUUGAAGAGUUUGCAGCUCGAUUUGCUAAUAAUCCUUUUACGACGUAUUUCUAUUCUUUGUUAACACAAAAACAGCUUAGUCCAUCUCUUAGCCCAUCGAUCUCUUCUGCUGAUUCUAUCUGUCAGCGUUCAACUGACAAUAUAUCGUUGCCAAUAUGUUCAUCUACAAAACUAAAAAACCUGUCUAUUCCAAAUGCGUCUGUUAGUGGAGACACAGCGGACUAUCUAGCUGCAGCAACAAUGGCUGCUAUGGCCGCUAUGACUGGACCAACUCAAGAUAUGACUUCGUUUGGUCAAACUGUAGCUUCUGUAUCUUAUUCUGAUACGAAACCGAUAUCAUCAGAUAACCAGUUCCUGCACAUGUCAACUGCACAUUUAGGAAUACAAGAAUAUUCAGUUAUUUGGCGAGGACGUCUUUCCCUGAAAAAUGAAGAGGUUUUUGUUAAUAUGCAUUAUGUUAGUGGUAAUCAAGAUCUACUGAAAAGCUGUAUGGGUGUUAUAACAGAACAACAAGUAGCUCUUAGCAACAUUGCUACAAGUUCUAGUUCGUUGGGGUCGUGUAUGACAGGGGAUUCUAUUGGGCCUCCACACCAACCUUUAAAGAUUGUUCAGCGGAUGCGUUUAGAAGCUUCUCAACUUGAAGGGGUUCAGAGGAAAUUGCGACAACUAAAUGAUUUUUGUAUGUGCCUUACCUUAGCAUCUGCUCCUCCACUAACACCUGAUGCUUCAUUGAAUAAUGAACAAAUACGGAUGAACAGAAUACUGUGUGAUGGAUUUAUCAAAUACAUGCUUGAAAAGGGUGCCGCUGGAAUAAUAAAUGUUUGUCAUCCAUGCACUCAACAAAACUUGUAUGUCAUCCAUAUAUUUCCUCCUUGUGAAUUUUCACGUUGCCAGCUACAAGUAUGUGCUCCUGCUCUUUAUCACAGUUUAGCGGAAAAUUCCAUACCUCACGUAUUAACUGUGAUCACAACAGUAUGACCGUGAUGCAUUUAACUCCCGAUUUGUUUCCUCAGUUGGUUUUGAAAUGUCCUUUUAUCACUUUGUUCUAUAUUAUGGACCAAGUUUAAUUCCGAUAAAUGAACUAAUCAACGGGUGUCUCAGUUAGUGCCUGUCUAUCGAAAUCUAUAUUUCUCUUCUCUCAGACCUUGUGGCAGCCAAUAAACUUGAAGUAAAUCCUUCUCUGAAGUUAUUUGUUCCUUGGCAUAUUCAUGUUAUUAUGUUUAGUCUGCCUGUUUCUUGGUUUGAGUAGCAUAAUGCAAAUAUUCUGCCCGAAUUUUCGCCCGAUAAGGAUAUGUUGUUCUAAAUCAUAAUAAGGAUAGAUAAAAUUUUAAUCGCCUAUCCAAAGUUACGCACUAACUGUGAUUCUCUAUUUUACUUGACCUUAUUUUCAAAAUGUCACUGAUUGUAUAUAUAAUGUAUAUGUUUGUGUGUGUGUUCAUGAUCCCUUCACCUUAUAUGAGGCAGCUUAAACCAAUAAUUUUUGAUAUACUAUGUAUGUACAUAUCGAUGUUUUCCACAUAUUGAUUUGUUUUAAAUGAACAAGCUUAUGUAUAUAUGUUCAGUGGCGUGACUAGUCAGAUUGUUUUUAAAUGAUAUGUUGAUUCGGAUAAAAUGUUUUGCCUUGUUCCUUUUUAAUGGUUGACAAUUAAAUAUUAACUGAUUUCUCUGAAUAUUAUGUCUGUGUAAAUACAGUUGAUUUAU